GGGAGAGGAUGCGGCGCCAGGGUAGCACAGCACAUCCGGGCGCGCCUGCAGCGGGCUGAGAACUGCAUAAUUGAUGAAGGGCCGACGCAAAGCUGGGUGCGCUGGGAGCGUCUCGGGGGGAGGUGGCCAGGGCGGUCGGGCCCCUCCCACUCCGCUUUUUCUCGCGUGUCCUGUCGCCGGCACUGGCAGUGGGCGCCCGGCUACCAGCAAGUGUGCGCGCAGGGACCAACGGAGACGGAUCGCAGCAAGCCGGGGGCGCAACAGCGACCUCCAGGACCGACCCGCCCGCGCCAUGCGCUCGCUCGCUGGCCUGAGGGCGCUUGUGGCGCCCGGCUGUCCGCUCCUGCUUCUGUGCUUUCUGGCGGCGACGCGCCCGGAUCGGGCAGAAGGCGAUCCCGCAGAUUCAUCUUUUACAAGUCUACCUGUUCGAGAAGAAAUGAUGGCAAAGUACUCAAACCUUUCCUUGGAGAGCCAUAAUAUAUCAUGGACAGAACAGUCCAGCGCCCCAGUAGAAAAAAACAUUACUUUGGAAAGGCCUUCUGACCUGGAACUCAUAUGCCAGUUCACGACAUCUGGGGAUUUAAAUUCAGUGAAUGUGACUUGGAAAAAAGAUGAUGAAUUUCUUGAGAAUUUUGAUGUUUUCAACACCACUAAAGUGGGAAACACUUUGUACAGUCAGUACAGGUUCAUCAUUUUUAAUAGCAAACAAAUGGGAAAUUAUUCUUGUUUCUUGAAUGGAAAAGAGGAGCUCAGAGGAACAUUUAAUAUCAGAGUACCCAGCGUUCAUGGAAAAAACAAGCCAUUGAUCACUUACGUGGGGGAUUCUACUGUCCUGAAGUGUGAAUGUCAAGAUGGUCUUCCUUUAAAUUGGACUUGGUACAUGAGUAAUGGAAGUGUACAGGUUCCUAUUGAUGUUUACAAGGAUGAUAAGUAUGUUAUAAAUGGAUCCUAUGCUAAUGAAACACGACUCAAGGUAAAGCAUCUCUUGGAGAAAGAUGGAGGCUCCUACUGGUGCCGCGCGGUCUUCCAGUUAGGUGAGAGUGAAGAACGCAUUGAGCUGGUGGUGCUCAGCUUCAUGGUGCCCCUCAAGCCGUUUCUCGCCAUCAUUGCUGAAGUUAUUCUCUUAGUGGCUAUCAUUCUGCUUUGUGAAGUAUACACACAGAAGAAAAAGAAUGACCCAGAUGAUGGGAAAGAAUUUGAACAAAUUGAACAGCUGAAAUCGGAUGAUAGCAAUGGUAUAGAAAACAAUGCCCCCAGGCUCAGAAAAAAUGAGUCUGUGGAACAGUGAAUAAAACAGAACAUUUUGCCUUGAGAAGAUGUGCAAAGAGUUUGUGUUUCUGCUUCCUUUCAAGAACGUGUGAAUUUUAGAUUUUUAAGAGACAAAAAUUUCCUGCACACGCACAACACAACGGUAGCUUUUUAAACCAUAUAGGCCCUCUCCUACCUAAAGGUGUAUUUUCCUUUUGUAAUUGCUUUUCAUUAAAGCGAGGUAAAUUGUUUCCGAUGUGUUCUGUGAGCUGUAACCUAGAUAAUAAGUUUCAUCCUGGUCUGGGAGAUAAGGGACACAGAACAGACAUCAGCAAAAUCAGUUAAUAAUCCACAAAUAAAUAUCACUAAAGAUCUGUUUAUUACCAAAGAAUGAAAGAGAAAGCUUUUUACCAGUUGUCUUAAAAGUGUUUCCCCCAAUCAUUCAUAACUACCUAUAGAAGUAUUUAUAACAGUUUUCAUGUGAAAUGUAUCCUUCUGUGGUAUUGAAAGUGUUUUCUCUAGGAAAUAGAAACUAUACUUUCGAUAAUGGUGGCUACUCUGCAGAUAUACUUUUGCUCUAUAAAUAACGGUGUAAAAUGAGGGAGUAUAAAUCAUAUGCUUCCCCACAGUCAGUAUCAACACCGGAGCUUCACAUCUUAUCACACUCAUUACCGCCUUUUUAUACUUAAAGCCUAAAUGCUUCUUGGUCUUAAGUAGGACAUUUUCCUUGUUCUUUGCCAUGGGGUUUGGACCUCAUCAGCCCCCCUGGUGUUCAUGUUUCAGAGUGCAGAUCCAUGUGGUCACCGUAUGACACCCGCUACCUGCAUGCCUUUGUGGCUCAUGGCUUCUGGGUACCUUUAUUUGCUAUCUGGUUUCUGGUGUCACAGCAGGCUAAAGGUAUAAAAGUAGUGCCUUGGAUAGUAGAUUAGGUGUCCCUGGUUGCUGUGGGGGUUUUUGUGACACACUGCUUCCAGAAAACAGGAUUAAGAACAAUGAGAAACAAAGAGGGGCUGACUUGGGAUGGCAGUAAAAGAAAUCCAUGGUUCUUGGGGAUUGAGGGAUUAGAGGCUGGGUAGAAAGAAUCCACUGAUUUAACAAUGGAAACUAGAAGCGUAUGCCUUGUGCACUAGCUAAGGAAAGGACAAGAUUCUGAUAGGGAAAAUUCUGUAACAUUUCGACUCAUGUUUACCACUAUUACUAGCUAGAAUAAUACAUAUAAAAUCGCCAUGGCAGCUGCUUUCUGUUUUGUUGACGCAACACAAUUCAGUAUUUUCUAAUACGUGUUAACUCCACAUGUAGAUCAUAUUGAACUAGAGUGCACCUCCUGGUGGUAGAUGUCCUCUUUUUUCCUUAGUCUCAUUUAGCCACACAUUUGUUUUGCUUUUAAUUCGUGCUUAAUUUGACAAGAUCAUCUUGAUGAGCUCAUGGCAGCCAGUAUAAUUAGUCUAAACAUUUUGAAUUCAGAGAGCAAGUCCCACUCAAAACAGUGUGACUGUGAUUGGAUACAUACAAAAGCCCAACAAGUAACUUUGCUUGCAGGAUUCAUCCAUUUGCUUUGCUGCCACUGGCUAUUUAUGUUGAAAUAGUUUUCAAGAAAAAAAAAAAAUGCUACCCGAAGGUAAAAUAAUCUGAAAUACUUAUAUAAUGAAUUGAAAUGUUGACGGGCAAUGUGUGCUCUUUAUUUUUCUCACGAAGAUAAGUUAUCUCAGUAAUUUUAAGUAGAAAAGAUUCUCAAAUAUUUAAGUUGAUUUUUGGCCUUUCAGGGUCUCUCUGGAGUACUUUUGGAAAAUUAUUCUAUGCUUAGUAGAUUAAAAUGGAACGCUUCUAACUAGCCUCAUGGAGAUGAUGAAUGGAUUGUCUAAGGACCAAUUAUAAAUUAGCUGCAAAAAAAAAAAACAAAACCAACAACAAAGGCUGAAGCAGGAAAACUACGCUGACUUUAUACAGUAGACACCUGGGAAAUUCUAUUAAUCUUUCCAGUUGAUGAGUAUUCAACACAAUAAUUAGAUUUAAUGAUGCCAUAAAAUUUCCAGAUAAUCUUAAAUUCAGUUUACAUUAAAAUGUAAGUUUCCUUUUACAGUCUUUGUUUUUUUUUUUUUUUUUUUUUGGUUUUUCGAGACAGGGUUUCUCUGUGUAGCUUUGCGCCUUUCCUGGAACUCACUUGGUAGCCCAGGCUGGCCUCGAACUCACAGAGAUCCGCCUGCCUCUGCCUCCCGAGUGCUGGGAUUAAAGGCGUGCGCCACCACCGCCGGGCAACAGUCUUUUUUUUUUAUCCCUAGCUAGCUGGUUCUUCAGACUCAAACCUUAAAUUGUUUAUGAUCUUUUCUUUUUUACUUUAUUGACUAGGAAUCCAAUCCCUCCCCGUUCCUUCAACUUUCUCCAUCUGCCAUCAAUCCUCUCGGCACCUCUCCCGUCUCACCUUCACCAGCUGCGAGAUCAUGGCGUAGGUUUCUCUACCUUCGCCUCCUUGUCCAUCUCCCCACUUUUCACGGUGCUUCUCAGCCUUUCCUCUUCACACAAAGAUCUCAAAACCUCAUGCCGCCCAUCCUCGCCGUUUCUGAGUACUGUACGCCACCUAGUCAGCAAUCUCCCUCCAGUGGCUUGGAUUAGCCCAGAAUGUGUCUUUGAUGCUGCCCCUGUCCCACUAACUCAAGAUUAGCCUUGAGUAUGUUAAGGUGCAGGGGAAACUCUCAUGUCAAUGGGCUAGGGACCCUCUCAUGUGCUGACAGCUCCAUGUUUCUUUGUGGUUGGUCUUCUUCCCGGAUCCUGACUUUUAGUUCUAUGCCCUGUAUUUAGUACAGGGAGACCAUUAUAGAACGUUAUGGGUGGUGGUGUAAAAUGUGUUUACCUAUUUUUAGAAAAAAACACUAAUUUUAAUUAUGACAAUUAGAAUUGCAAAAGAAAAUUUUAUAGGAAAACAGGUUGUGUAAAUCCUUCAACUGUUGUACAGGGUACAUUUACACCUGUUCUGAUGGGUUUUAAUUCCUAUCGCCCUUAAAAUCCGAUGGUUAGUAUGCACAAAAAACUAAUUUUUACCUUUUAUUUAGUAUGGUGACACAUUGGCUCUAAAUAUGCAGGAUUUUCGUGGUUAUAUUCCUCUGUAUGGUACAGUUGAGAGAGCUGGCACGUAGGCUCACUCCACUAACAUAUCCAUUCUGCUUCCCCAAGUUGUAUACAUCUUUGAACAUCUCAGGAUUCACUCCAGAAUUUAAUAUCACAGCAGCAUGUUACAAGAAGAUUUAUUAUUACAUUUUGAACAUGGAAAGCAUACUUUUCAUUGAAUCAACCUGCUUGUAGUAUGCGGUGAGAAAAAUAUUUACGGAAUGGGCGAAAGCGGAAGGCAGAAUGGAUUACUUUGGAAUUUUAAGUUGCAGAUGCUUAUGUACUUACUACUCUAAUGACUGCUUAUCACCCUUGAGUUUAUCCUAGUCUGUCAUAGAGAGAAAGACAACUCAACUGUGUGUUCCAUCUUUAUUUGCUCUGAAUCUAGACAGUGACAUGUUCUGUUUACCAGUGGAGUUCCCCAUUAAAGAUGCAUCCCGUUUGUUUAAUAUUAGCAAAUAACAUUUGUUGAACAUGACACAUGCUAGGCACUCACUUUAAUGCAUGCUUUGAAGUGAAGUGUUCUGUCUAAUCCUCAAUCCAUCUCAUGCCAUAAAAACAGUCCUUUGUUUUUGUUUUUGUUUCUAAUCAAUGCAGAAACUCAAGCUCAGAGACCUUAAGAAAACCACACAACCCCCCUGAUGAUCAGAACUGAAAUCAGAUUUAGGCUAGGCUGACAUGACCUACUUUGUUCAACAGCUCUGAAUGGCUAGUCGCAUACAUCCUAGAAAACGAGGCUGUUAUCUUAUUGUUAAUUUCACUCUUUUAGGUGGUCACUUAUAGCAUAAGAUCCAUAAUCUCUCUGUGGUUGGGGCCCAUGCUUUGUGGUUCCUGUGUCCCCACGCUGGUGCUGGGGAUCAACACAUAUUUAAGACUUUUCUUUUUUCUGGUUGUAUUUGUCAGUAGUGAGAAUGACCCUAAAAUUUAUCAUCCAGACACUGAACAUGAAAAAGAUGCUAUGUAUAACUUCACUGAGACAUGUGGAAAGCAGGCCCUCUGGUCUCACAUAUAGCCCGUGGGGAGGAAGUGGCUGCUCUGUGGGUGUUCUGUCACAGAUGUAGCCGCAAGCUGGAAUGAUUGACAGAAAUUAACUUUCAAGAAAAUAGCCAAUUUUAGCUAAUGCAGGGAAAUCACCAUUUUCAGUAAAUGUCAGGUGAGUGCCACUGUGGAGAAGUGCCUAUAAUAGCAUCAUUUACUCAGCUUAAAGUUUUAUUACUUUAAGUAUCUUAGUAUGACUGGUCUGUUGGCAUUCAGAAGUUGGACUCACGGGUUGUAAGAGAAGUUGGCGAAGAACAUCUUGCUUUUGCUGCUGUGUGGAUGAACUGGCCAGUUUCUUGGAUUUGGACACCUCCUGGUUCAUGUGCUGUAGUAGUUCAUGUUUAUGUGAAUCCAGUGAGUCAAGAAUGGCAGAUUACCAAAUUUGCCUGAAAUGAUUGAAAAUCACACAUGAUUGGAAUGGAGAGAAGUACUUUUAGUCCCACAAAUGGCUUAUAGGCUGCAUUUCUUAUUCCUUUGCACCUCAAUGGGAACAUGUUAGGGAAACCUGUUUAGGGUAUUGGUUAAAAAUAUUGCUUUUGUCUAUUGUGUUUUAUGUUUUACGGCAUUUUAAAAAAAAUUAUGUAGUUCUCAUUUCAGAAAACUGUUACAAAUUAUUUUUCUAAAGUUUAUUGGAUAAUCAUGAAAAUUAUAGAUUUAUUACAUAUAUAAUUUGCUGUAAUGCUACUUAAUGUUGCAAAAAGAAUAGCUACUUAUAUUUUAUACCUUUUAAAAUAGAUAUUUGACCAUAAAUGUUUAGUUUUGCUUAAAUCAAAGACCAUUGAUUAUAUUUUUUUAAUAGUUGUGUUUCUUUUACAUGUGUGUUUAGAGUCUCAUUACCGACUUUCUGUAUUAUGUAACACCAAAAAUGUCAAUACAGGAACAUUGUAAAAAUUUCUGUGUUGCAUGUAGAUUUAAUGUACAAUUAAGCUCAAUAAAAUGUACUCUGUGGAUUAAAACUAA